AAAACAUACAACCUCCAUCCAUAUAUAUAAUAUUAAUCCAUUUAGCUUUGUACUAUAACAUUUAGAGUUCAUUUACCUUAUCAUAUGAAUGAUGGAAUAUCACUUUGACAGUGGGUCUUCCUCAUCUCAGUCAAACCACAACUACCUUCAACCAACGUCCCUCACUUCACAACGUAGCCUCCUCUCAAUCCCUUCCCUCAACAACACUCACCACCACCACAACCACCACCUCAUCACAACCCUCAAAAACCACACAUCAUCCUACACUUCCUCUCUCACUCUUUUCGGCAAUUUCCUCCUCACAGGUUCAUCCGACAGAGAAAUCACUACAUGGAACAUAACCUCUCAACAAAACACAACAACAAACAAAGUAAUCGCAGGAAAAGGUGCAGUUAAAUCUCUAAUAAUUCAACCAAACACAGACACUCUUUUCAGCGCACACCAAGACCACAAAAUCCGCGUUUGGAAAUUAACCAACGACCAAACAAAAUACACCCAUUUAGCAACACUUCCAACACUUGGUGACCGUGCUUCCAAAAUUCUAAUCCCUAAAAACCAUAUACAAAUUCGUAGACACAAAAAAUGCACGUGGGUUCAUCACGUGGACACUGUUUCUUCACUUGCUCUGUCUAAAGAUGGAAACUUUUUAUACUCUGUUUCAUGGGACAGAACAAUCAAAAUCUGGCGAACCAGAGAUUUCACUUGUUUGGAAUCAAUAACCAACGCUCAUGAUGACGCUAUAAACGCGGUUGCAGUUUCUUACAGUGGAGUCGUCUACACUGGAUCAGCUGAUAAAAAAAUCAAAGUAUGGAAAAAACUCGAAGAUGAUAAGAAAGGCAAAGAGAAACAGAAACAUUAUCUGGUUGACACGUUGGAGAAACACAACUCUGGAAUAAAUGCAUUGGUUUUAAGCAGUGAUGAAAGUGUUCUGUAUUCAGGUGCGUGUGACAGAUCAAUAUUGGUUUGGGAGAAAUUAGAGGAAGAGGAAGAUGAAUAUGAAAGUGGAAAAAUGAUAGUGGUUGGUGCCUUAAGGGGACAUAGAAAUUCGAUUUUGUGUUUGGCAGUUGUGGGGGAUUUUGUGUGUAGUGGUUCAAACUAUUAUGAUCCGUGUACGGUUUUACCAGCUGGUAAUCUUUUAUUUUUUUACUGA